GCUCUUGGCGGUGAAGGUCAGAGUGCAUAACUGAGACCACUGCUCGCCACCUUCAGACGCCAGCGUCUCUGCCCCCUGCUUGGUCACUUAGGCUGAGGAGACCCAGGCUGAGGCCUCAGGAGGAGAUCGCCAUCCUUUGUCUGGAGCAGAACAGGAUGACCAUGUCCCAGGAAUCAUUGACCUUCAAGGAUGUGUUUGUGGACUUCAGCCGGGAAGAGUGGCAGCAGUUGGAUUCUGCUCAGAAGACCCUCUACAGAGAUGUCAUGCUUGAAAACUACAGCCACCUGGUGUCCGUGGGGUAUCUACUUGCCAAACCAGAUGUGAUCUUCAGGUUGGGACCAAGAGAAGAGUCCUGGAUGGCAGAUGGAGGAACUCGGAUAAGAACCUGUCCAGGUGAGCACACGCCAGAAGUCUGGCAAGGUGAUGAGCAGAUAGAUAACUACAAAGAAAGCCAAGGCAAACCUCUGUGGCAAGCUGCAUAUAUAGGCAAGAAAACACUGAAGGAUAAAAGUGGUCAAGAUUGCAGAACAUAUAGAGAAGUCAUUUAUCUGAGCACAGACUUUGUUUCUAUAAGUCAAAGACUCCCUAAAUAUUCAUGGGGAAGUUGUUCAAAACAUAAUUUAAACCUUCUUUGUCAAAAUAAGAGCUAUGUAAAAAAGAAAAAUGGUGGAUAUGAGGCAUAUUGGAAAUUAGACCUUCAUUCUAAUCUUGAUAAAACUCAACCUGCAGAGAGAUUUUUUUGACCCUAAUCAGCGAGGAAAAGCCCUCCACCAUAAGCCAGCCCUAAAUAAAAGAGAAUUCAAACUAGGAAGAAACUCUAUGAAUGUACUGAAUGUGGAAAAGUGUUUAUCCAGAAAGCAAACCUUGUUUUCAGCACUCACACUGGAGAGAAGCCUUAUGAAUGCUGUGAAUGUGCAGAAGUCUUCGGCCAGAAGUCAACCCUCAUGGCAAACCAGAGAACUCAUACAGGGGAGAAGGCCUAUGAAUGAACUGAAUGCGGGAGAAUGUUUAUCCAGAAGGCACCACUUAUUUCACAUUAGAGAAUUCAUAUGAGAGAAAGACCCUGUAAAUGCAGUGACUGUGAGAAAGACUUCAGUAAGAAAUCAACUCUCAUUAAACACCAGAGGAUUCAUAUAGGGGAGAAACCUUAUGAGUCUAAUGGAUGUGGAAGAUAUUUUAGUGUGAAAUUAACUCUCAUGGUGCUUCACAAAACUCAUACAGGAGAGAAACCCUAUGAAUGCAGAGACUGUAAAAGGCCUUCAGUGGAAAGAUUCAUUAAACAUCGGAGAGAUCUUUCAGGAGAUAAAAUCUACAAAUAAAACUUCAAGUGGGAUAACUUUAUUUAUUAGUUAUACAGUAGUGCUCUUUUGCCUACAGUUUCCCUUUCCAUGGUUUCAUUUACCCACAGCCCAAAAAUAUGACAUAGAAAAUUACAGAAAUAAACAAUUCAUAAGUUUUAAAUUGAA